AUGAUGAACAAGAUAUAUUGCGCGAAAUUAAAACUCAGGAUUAGUCUAAAUAUGUCAACCCCAAGAACAUAUGAAUCAAUGAAGAAACUGCUUGACUGUGCUAAAUUGGAUAUCUCUUUCACAUCAAACAUAUUUCAGUCAGUGAAAUUUGACUAUCCAUUAUUAUCCGAAGAGUACAAAUUGAUUGAAGUGCCAAAUUGGUUAGCCGAUGAAGUGAUUCAUGAAAGAGGGGACCAAGCUAUAACUUUAAAAGAUGAACAUAAAUCUAAUAAUACAGGGCGUGUAUUUGCUUGCAUAAGUGACAAAACGUUUUCGGUUAUAGAAGCAAAAACGUCUAAUACGCUCCUUUUAGCCUCUAGUUGGUGGUUGCCUUCAUCCGAUGGGCCUAAAGAGAAUUUAGUACUUGUUACACCAAUUCAAGCUGUCAAAAAUAAUUACUUUGAACUUCAGCAAUGUCCAGCUCCGUCUUUAAAACAACUGAGGCUUUUGUUAUCUCCAUCUCUCUACUAUGGUCCUGUUGAUGAUGAAUGUGAUUCAGAGAAUAAAAGCUCUAGUCUGAACUAUUUUGAUCGUGAUACUGUUGAAACCCGACUGCCAUGCAGUAAGCUGGAGCUUAAUGAGGCGUUUCGACGAUUGCAUGUGUGUGAAAUCAAUGGAUAUUUACGAAUGCUUGAUCAUGAAUACAUGACACAGGUAGUUAGAGAUCUUUUUGCCCUUGCUGAUGAAAAUGCAUGGGACUGGCGUAAAUAUGGCUUCCCUUUGCAUGCCUCAAUAGAAGGCUUGGCAAAUCAGCACCUUCCAAAUAUUACCAAGCAAAUUAUGAUGCUAAUUUGUUCUCAGCUAGAAAAUCGAAAAGCAUUUGAUUCUAAAGAUGUAUACGUUUACCCGCGGAAUUCGAAAAUUUGUCAAAUAGUUGGGGAGCAUCUACUAUCAGUUAUUAGCAGCUUUGACCUAAAUGACUUCUUAACACUAUGGAAAGCAUCAGUUCCCAACGGACUGCGACCGAAGCUUCGUCGUCAUUUAACUUGCGCUGGACGUGCAUAUUGUGAAAUAACACCCUUACCUACAAACGGUACAAGCGUAAAACUGGAAGGUAAUGAUAUACGUUCUCGAUUUCGAUGUAUUUCCCUGUUACGGUCUGAGGACUUACCUGAUGAGAGUGUCGAGGCGCGUCUUAAUGCAUUAUUUGAGAGAUGUUCUAUGUGGCCCGAACCAGAAAUAGGUAGUUUCCUAACAGAAUUGUUACCCCCACAACCUCUCAGGAAAAAGUCUUCCUCUAAACACUUAGUCCCAGAAAAAGGAUCUCAAGUAGAUACAUUUUCUGACGUUUCGUAUGCUGAUUCUGAUUCAGACUUCAGUUAUGAAGAUUAUUGUACAGAGUCUACUGAAACUGUUUCAGCACUGGAAGAUGUACCCUUACCAACUCCACCUGCUGUUUGCUCACUUCUAAACAAAUUCUGUCGUGUUAAUAAUAGUUCAGUCGGACGUGUAUUAACUCAACGACAUUCGAAGUAG